AUGAACAGCAUCAAGGAUGGAUGGUUCACUGAGUUCAGCGAGAUGUGGCCAGGACAGUGUAUGUCUCUCCAAGUGGAAGAGGUUCUGCACAAGGAGAAAAGCGACUACCAGGACAUCCUAGUAUUCAAGAGUAAAAGCUAUGGCAACGUGCUGGUUCUGGACGGCAUUAUCCAGUGCACAGAGAGGGAUGAGUUCUCUUACCAGGAGAUGCUGGCACAUCUGCCUCUUUUCUCUCACAGCAACCCUAAAAAGGUGUUGAUCAUUGGUGGUGGAGAUGGCGGAGUUGCCAGAGAGGUUCUCAAACAUGACUGUGUGGAGGAGGUCCAUAUGUGUGAAAUUGACGAGCGAGUGAUAGAAGCAAGCAAGAAGUACCUGCCUCAGAUGGCCAGCAGCUUCUCAGACCCUCGGAUGAAGUUGUACAUCGGGGACGGGUUCAAGUACAUUAGCCAGCACGAGGGGGAGUUUGAUGUCAUUGUCACUGACUCGAGUGAUCCCAUUGGUCCUGCAUCCUCCUUGUUUGAAAAGCAGUAUUAUGAACUCAUGAAGAAAGCACUGAGGCCGAAUGGCAUUGUUUGCAGCCAAGGAGAAUGUAUGUGGAUCCACAUGGAUCUCAUCAAAGGGAUGCUGGAGUUUUGUGGCAGCCUCUACCCUUCUGUAUCUUACGCCUACACAGCUAUACCUACCUACCCCUGUGGCCAGAUUGGAUUUGUCAUAUGCAGUUUGGACCCAGACACUGACUUUGAGAACCCACCCAGAGAAAUUUCUCCAGCUGACACAGAGAGGCUCAACUUGAGGUACUACAACACUGACAUUCACAAAUGUGCUUUCAAAUUGCCAGAAUUUGCAAGGAGGGUUUUAAAAGGACAAAAGUCAAAGACCAGUAACUGCUGCUAA